CCUGGUGCCCGGUACAUAAUAUGCUGUAGAAAUGUUUGCCCCCAUCAUCAUCGUCAUCAUCAUCCAGUUAGUAGCUGGGUGGUCCAAUGGCCAGAGCACUGAGCUUGGAAUCAGGAAACCUUGAGAUGGCAUCUAACUCAGGGAAUGCACUACUGUUCAGCCCUGAACCUCCAUAAAAAGGGGUGAGGGGGGUGAUGACACCACCCUUGUAUGGUUGUUGUGAUGUCUAGAUGAGGUAAUAGGAAUAAAGCAGGAGGUGACUUUUAAGACAAUAAAUGGGGCAUGGGUUUCCUAGUGCGCAUGUGCCUGCAGGGAGCCCCUCGGGCCACCGACUGUUCUUCAGGCCCCACCCCACCCUCAGUUCUUACCCCACCCCCACUUUCUCUUCCUCAACUGCAGCAGCAAACUUCUACUCCCAGUAGCUCCGGGCCUCGUGACCACCCAACGCCCUUGGCACAAUGGACUCUCCGGUUCCCGUCCUGGCUCUUGUGUCUCCGCUCCGGCCCGUCACCCACCUGCUCUUUGACAUGGACGGCCUCCUUCUGGAUACGGAGCGACUCUAUUCCGUGAUAUUCCAGGAAAUCUGUGACCGCUAUGGAAAGAAGUUUACGUGGGAUGUGAAAGCGAAGGUGAUGGGCAAAAAGGAGCUGGACGCAGCCCAGGUGAUUGUCGAAGUCCUGCAUCUGCCGUUAACCAAAGAGGAGCUGAUGGCAGAAUGCACAAAGAAACAGGAACAAGUAUUUCCAACCACCACGCUUAUGCCAGGCGUGGAGAAGCUGAUUAAUCACGUGCAUCGACACAAUAUACCCAUCGCUGUGGCUACUAGUUCAGCCGGACUGUCAUUUGAAUGGAAGACCAGAAGACACCGAGACUUCUUUAGUUUAUUUCAUCACCUGGUUCUGGGCGACGACCCCGAUGUGAAGACAGGCAAACCGGAGCCCGAUUUGUUUCUAACUUGUGCCAAGAGAUUUUCCCCUGCUCCUCCUGCGGACAUGUGCCUUGUGUUCGAAGAUGCUCCCAACGGAGUUGAGGCAGCACUUGCAGCGGGGAUGCAGGUCGUUAUGGUUCCAGAUGAACAAUUAAACCCAGAGCUAACUAGAAAGGCAACAUUGGUGCUGAAAUCUCUGGAGGACUUUAAACCAGAGGUGUUUGGUUUGCCACCAUAUGACUGAAAGAGAAUUCGAAUGACGAUCUGUUUGGUAGUAUUACUCCCCAACUGGUUAUCUUCGACCCCCCCCCCCUUUUUUAAUGAGGAACUGAUAAGAAAGUCAACGUAUAAUCCAAAAAAAGUUUGGUAGUCAGUCAGUUAGUCACUCUUCCCAUCCUAUCACGUACAUAAUUUCAAAGCAAUUCAAUGAAUUCAUCUUGCCCUGACCUCUGAGGUAGAAUAAACAGUGAAAAUGGCCAAGAUGAAUCAAAGGGCAAAUUAUAAUUAACAUUGGAAUAAUCAGUAGUUGAUUGCUCUAAUCUGAAAGACCUUGCUCCCUGUGAUUGAUGUUUUCCCACCAAAGAGAGAACAUGUCUAGCCUUAGAAAAAUUCAGUAAAAUUGAUGAAGAGGAUUUAUUUUAGUAAAUGUCAAAUUGCUAUUACAAAAAAUAAACUUAAUUUUUAAAAAAAGACGAUAAAUGCUAUUAUGCUU